GCCCGUCCCAGCUCACUCAAAGCUCAGCAAAGCAUCAAACCACUCUACCUUACAAUCAAUCCAUUCACCAAAUAUCAACAUCAGCAACAAUGACGUGGGCUGAUAUUGCUGCCGGCCGCAAGCCGACCGGUGCCUCUGCCGCCUCCACCGGACGCUCUGCUCCUGUCGUUCCUGCUAUCCCAGUCAUCAGACAGGCCCCACGCCCAGAUCCAGUCGCCAGUGUCACGGCUGGCGUUGCCUCGAUGAGCGUCAACCAAACUGUGUCUACACCAAGAGCCCCUGCCGUCGGAUCAAAGGUCCCUGCGAUUCAGAGCAAUGCCAAGCAAGGCACAAACUGUCGUCAUCGGGGAGGAAACAAGAAUGGAAUUAAGUCUGCAAAGAGAAAGGAAGUUGUUCCUCUCGAGGAGUUCCACCUCUUCCCGAACGUGCCUCCCGAAAUUCGACUGAAGGUCUAUCAGUAUGCCAUGAGCCAACAACGUCGAUUGAUCGAGCUCGAGUGGGGCCCGAACCUGAGCAUUCCGACUGAGCUUGGGAACGGCUCUCACCACUGGGUCCGAGUUUGUCCACGCUCUCGUCAACCACCUGCACUUAUGCACGUUUGUCACGAGUCUCGUGAAGAGGCUCAGAAGGUGUAUCAGCUGCGCUGCUUUGAUAGCCAGAUAGCCCAACGCCUCCCAAAUAACCCAGAGUUCCACGAACAUUACAUCUGGUACAAUCCGAAGACCGAUAUCAUAUUUUUCGGCGAGGAGACAUGCGUGUCCACAUAUAUUUCGGUCUUCACCCCAGAUAUUGAGGAUAUUCCAGCUAUUGCGAUCGUCAAUAGCAGUAAGGGAGAGUCAUGCUGUGACCACGAUGACUAUACCUAUGGCGUUGAGGGCGGAGUUGACACCUUGCAGGCACUCCAUGGCUUCGACUCGAGUGAGACCGUCCAUGACUUUCGCUACGGAGGUUGUCCGGGCCUGAGGGAGGUGUACAUCGUUGUCAAGUCGAAGCUCUGGCCAUAUAAGCAGGGGGAGAUCGAUGCUUCCAUGACCGUCCGUCCGGCAACUAACGAUGGUCUAACGAAAGGCCAAGCUCGUUUCAAGGCGAGUCUUGAGCGAGAUAUUGCUCGAGUUGACGCGGAGAUCACAAUGCCAGGUGUUGGUGAAAGUGUUUGGAUCGACGACAAGAAGCCGACGUUCAAGUUUGUCAGCUUUGUGAAGGUUCCUUGGGGACUUGAUCCAGGAGAACCAGAUGGAAUGACCGUGUCGAGGAAGGAUCUGGGGAAGCUUCGUCGCAGUGAUUGGGCAUUCAUGAAGCGUACUCAGGCCAAUACUAGAUGCGAAAUCUUCGUCCCCGAUGAGGAGUAUCCGGGAGAAGACCGGCGUGAGAUUGGCUUUUGGGGAGUGCGAAAGAGCAUCAAUGCGGCGAAGAAGGCAAUUGAAGAGAGAUUGAUUUUCCUGAAUUCUGGAAAUUAG